AUGUCGAACGAUGAUUUAAGUGUAAAUCCAAAACAAGGAUGGGUAAAAGUCAAAUUACAUUGUCAUUCGAAAUGGCAUCGUCGACAUUGUAUCAUCGAUUGGGACAAAGCAAUUCUAUUUAUCGCAUCGAAAAUCGAUAGACGAUACCGCGAAUGGAUCAAACUUUUGCCGAAUAUUCUGAUGAAUGAUUAUGAAUCAUCAUCCGAGAAUACUAUCGAGAUCAAAUCGGAUAAUGAGAUACAUUUACUUCAGACCGAAUCAAAAGAGGAGUAUGAUGGUUGGUUUUUAGCUUUGAAAAGAACAGCAUAUAGCCGAAUUGGUGGUGGUAUUUUUGGUCAAUCUUUGGAAAAUACGUAUAAAUACUCACGUGAUAAAUCAUCUCCUGUUCCGUUGAUUGUUCGGCAAUGUUGUGAAUUCUUACUUGAGUAUGGUUCAACAUUUGUUGGCUUAUUUCGAGUACCUGGCAAACAAUCUUCAAUCAAAGAAUUACGUGAUAUGUACGAUCGUGGAACAAUUAUUGAACUGAACGAUUCAUAUUCACCUGCGACAAUCUCGUCGUUGUUGAAACUUUAUCUUCACUCGUUACCGGAACCCGUUAUUCCGGUGAAAAAUUUCGAUGAAUUUUUUGAAUUCGGCUCACGAUUUAAAUACAACCAAACAAAUGAUAUCGAUCGGUUAAAACAAUUAAUCGAACGAACAUUAUCAGGUAUUAAUUAUGCACUUCUCGCAUAUUUGUGUUCGUUCUUAAAAAAGUUAACACAACAUGCGCACGAAACAAAAAUGGAUACGGAGAAUUUAGCAGUUACAUUUGGAAACAAUCUUAUUAGGCCAGCCGAAGAACUUGAUUUGAAUAUGAUCAAAGGACACAAUUUUAAUCUAUUUCCAUUGAUUCGAGUACUGAUUGAUCAUAGUGAAUAUCUAUUUUUGAUCAACUCCAACGAAGGAUGCGAACCGAACAAUGAGUCCAUCGCUAAAUCCAGUGGUUUUUCAUCAUUUUCUUCACUUUUAUCAAAUAAUGACCAAUCGAUGAAGAUCAACUCACGUUCAUCAUCGAUGCCAUCGAUACGUUUCACGACUUUUUCAUCCGUUGACAGUGCAAAUUUGAGUUCCGAUGAUCAACUGGACACAAACAAUGAUAUACAAUAUCGUUCACAGUUCAAAAUCGACAAGUUGGCAAAUGAUAAUCAAGAUUCUUUCAAUAAUGAACAAUCAUUUCUAACAUGUUACGAAGGCGAAGAUGUUGAAGAUCAAGACAAGCAAGUUCAACUCCGUCCGAAACGAUUCUCUUGUGCAGGUGCAAUAAACGAUGACGAGCGAACGAAAACUCAUAUGAUAAUUAUAGACCAAAAGCAUAGAUCAGAUAUACCCAUUCAGAUAAUAUCUACAAGUAAUGUUUCAUCUCCCGCACGUAAAUCUUCGAAAAAAACAUUUGCGAAUAAAUUUGGUAAAUCAAUAUCGAGUUUCAAAUCAAGCAUGACUCGUGCGUUUAAUCCUCAAUUUACUUCGACAGACAAUCUUCAGUGUUCUAACACAUCGAAUUCAUUAGCUGAUAGUUUGAAAGUUCUACAUGACGAAAUCCGCGUAUUGAAACAGUCGGUUGACCGGAAAGAAAUGUUACUUAAUCAUGUAACCAAAACAUCUUACGAAGAUCGUUUAAAAUAUGAAAAGGAAAAUUUCGAAUUGAAACAACGAAUUGAACAAUUAAUCGAUGAAAAUAUGCAGUUAAAAGCACGCUAUCAUCAAUCAGAUAUUUAA